UUGGGAUUCUCUUUUUUCUAUUUGAGUUCUAUGAUGAUCAAUUGCUUGCGUUUCUUGUUUUGACUCUUGUAUGGUUAUGCGAGCUAUUCACGAUGAUCAGUGUGCGGACAUCCAUAUCGAUGCAGUUCUUUCCACGCUUCUUCUUGCUGUAUUUUUUGGUUUUCCAUAUCUACUUCUUCUCAUAUACCUAUGGUAUGUGUGUAUCAAACUUCUUUUUUCUGACUGAACUAUUGAUUAACUAAUGACACAUUUCUGGCGCUUUAUGACUUAUGCUUUACCAGGCUUCUCAUAUCUGGCUUUCUCUGCUACGGCAGCAUUCAUGCAGCACCUGAUUUUAUAUUUUUGGAACCGUUUUGAGGUGCCAGCUCUCCAGAGAUUCAUGCGAAGUCGAGCACACAUUCACCAGCAAACAGGUGUCCACAUUACAUCCUCAACUAUCUACACUUCUACCUUACACAUUGCUAGGGUAAAUGUGAGGGACCCUGGUACAAUAAACGAUGGCCUCGGUGCUGCUCGUGAAGCAGAUGCCCUAUUGGUUCAGGAUGAGUCUACCAGGAGCCAGCAAGAGGGUCAACAGAAUGGAAUUUCUGAGCCAGCUGCCAACAAUGCUCUCCAGUAUCAAGAGCAAAACCCUCAGCGAGCUGGAAGUACCCCUGCAGGCUCAGGCUCCCUCAACCCAUUUGGGUCCCUUUUGCUGUGGUUGCUGGGAGGCGGUGCUUCUGAUGGCAUAGUUUCUUUCUUCUCUAUGUUCAGAGAUGUUCGUGAUCAUGGUCAAGAUUACACCGAUCCACCUCGAAAUGGAAAUGAUCAGGUGACAUAGAAUCACGGGGAUGAAAGUGGGCCAAUUACUGAACUCGAGUGCUUGGGCGGCAGUAGUCUCUUUCUAAUAUGAUAUAAUGCCAGCACCUCCCGUCAAAAGGAUAAUGACGAAUAUUGGUGGCAACUAUACAGACUGGUGUCGCUGGAGAUGCCAUGUUAGUGUUAUCUGUUUCUCACUUUUUUAGUUAGUAGGUAAGGGUGAAGGUUGUAUCUAUAUUCAUUACAUGUGCACAUUCCCUACCGUCUGAAUGGGAGCGCCCGUCCCAGUCCUGUACAGAAAUGUCAACUCACAGCAGAUUGUGCACAUUCUUUUUGUACUCCCAUGGGCGGGUGCUGGCCUGGAACAUGCAGUGUGUGCACCACUGUCACUGAAUUGGACAGUUAAUGGUUUGGAUACAUCGUUGCAUGUACUGUUCC